AUGGGGGACUGCAGCAUGCCCAUCAGCUCACUGGGCGAGGAGGUGGUGGCCCGGCUCUGCGAGCUCCUGGAUAACGCCAGUCGGGGCUGGCGCAAGCUGGCUGAGGUGGCUGGGAUGGAGAAACGCUUCAAGUGCAGUGCAGAGGAGCUGGAGAUGUGCUCACUGAAAGUGCUGGAGCCCCGUGGCAGCCCCACGCAGUGCCUCCUGCAGCUCUUGGCCGAGCGCGACUGCACCCUCAAGUACCUGCUGGGCUGCCUGGAGAGGAUGGGGCACAUGCAGGCCUGCCAGGUCCUCAGCAGCGCUGUCCAGGACACGAUCCGCAUCACGGUGCAGCCGGAGUCGCAGGUGGUGAUGGAGGGGAUGCGGGUGUCCCUGACCUGCUGGGCGACCGGCCCACCAGGGCUCGCAUACCAGUGGUUCUGUGGGAAGCGGGAGGUGCCUGGAGCCACCGCCCCGGAGCUGGUGAUUGAUGCUGCCGCCCCACCGGGCCAGCCCAAGUGGUACAUCUGCCGGGUGAACUGUGGGGCCGCCUUUGCCUUCUCCAGGUGGGCCCACAUCCAGGUGGAGAAGAGCAGCAGUCCUAGCUCAGGUGGGCCCCAAGAUCUCCAGCGGUUACUGCCCGACCAUGGUGGGGUUGCAGAUCCUGCGGCAGCCGCGGCCGUGCCGCCUGGCUGAGGGGGACACGCUGGCCUGGAGUGCAGAGCCAUUGGCAACCCCCCACCCCAGUACCCGUGGUUCAGGAACCGGCGCCCCGUGGAGGGCGCCCAGGCGUCCCAGCUGCAGGUGAAGCUGGUGACGACGGCCGAGCGGGGCAGCUACUCCUGCCGCGUGUUCAACCUCUUCCAUGAGGUGUGGAGCCAGGAAGUGGACGUGGAGAUUGGCCCACGGCUCUUCGCCUCUGGAGGCUCCUGGCAGGGGGGGGGCUCUCCAGAGCAGAGCAGCCCCAGCCAGCUGUACGCCACCGACAAAGUGGCCCUGCUGAUUGGCAACAUGCACUACCUGCACCACAAGCAGCUGAAGGCGCCCAUGGUAGACGUGCACGCCCUCAGUGCCCUCCUCCGCCAGCUUGACUUCAAGGUGGUCUCACUGCUGGACCUGCGCAAGGCCGAGAUGCAGAUGGCUGUGAAUGAGUUCCUCCUCCUCCUUGACAAGGGUGUCUAUGGUUUGCUCUACUACGCUGGGCAUGGCUAUGAAAACUUUGGCAACAGCUUCAUGGUGCCCAUCGAUGCGCCCAGCUCCUACACCUCGGCCCACUGCCUGUGUGUGCAGCGGGUGCUGCAGAGCAUGCAGCAGCGCCGCACUGGCCUCAACAUCUUCCUGCUCGACAUGUGUCGCAAGAGGAACCUCAAUGACGACACCAUCCCGCAGGUCGGUGCGCUGCAGGUCACGGCCAACAUUGUCUUCGGCUACGCCACGUGCGCAGAUGCUGAAGCCUACGAGCUGAGCCAGGGAGAGCUCUCCAAUGGCAUCUUCGUCACCUUCCUCAAGCGCUGGCUGCUGGAGGACGAGAAGAUCACGGUGCUGCUGGACAAAGUGGCCGAGGACAUGGGCACUCUGGAGAUCACACGGGGCCGGCAGGCACUGGAGCUUCGCAGCAACCUCUCAGAGAGACGAGCCCUGACGGACCCCAUCCGCCCUCCGGGCCGGGACGAGUCCUCCGCCAGGAACCUGCAGUGGGCCAAGGCUCACGUCCUGCCGGAGAGCCGGCACCUCCGCUUCGACUGUGGCGUCACUGUCCAGCUGGGCUUUGCUGCUGAGUUCUCCAACAUCAUGAUCAUCUACACCCGUGUGGUGGCCACGCCAGGGGACAUCACCAAGUGCGAGGCCAAGCUCACUGACAUCCCCGAGGAGCUGGAUGUAGACCUCAAGUGCACUAACAAGGAGAGCCCGGAGGAGGUGGGCAGCCCGCUGGCACCCGCCUGGAGCCUCGGCUGCCCCCCCCCACCGCAGAGCCACCACGGGGUCAGCCAUCUCUGGGUGCUGGUGACACUGGCUGUACCAUGA